UGUUCGACUUCACAUUGUUAAAGCGCAGUGUGUUACAUUUUUGAAGUCUAAAAUUAGGGAGGCACCCCGACAGCAAGUGACGCGAGCCUUCCAAAGUGGACCGUCUGCUCGUCUCCGUGUGUCGCUGGUAUCCGGAAUCACGACCAUGGAAACGAUCCCUACAACUUGGCUGUUUGUUGACGACACGCGUGUAUUUUUAGCCCUUGUUGUCAUCUUUUCGUAACAGCGCGCCUGCGACGUUCAGUAUAAAGGGUCUCCUUCAAAAUGCAGCUGUACAACAGCGCGCUGACACACUACCCGAGGUCGUGUCGCAAAGUUACGAUCACUUUAUUGACCGGGUCGGAGCGCUUGAACGGGACGACACCGACCUCCUCUGACGCUCGCGAACCGGCGUUUGCACCACCGGGCGCAGCUUCCGACGGGAAUCCGGUGCGGGAAACUUCUUCUUCUUCUUCUUCUCCUUCUUCCGCAAACAUGCCUGCCUUUUCGUGUUACAAAGCUUCGAGGCCUGUUUACUUCACAUCAACUGCUGAGAUAUUAAUCCGCAGAGCUGAUGGAGUGGAGAGCAAUGUGCCUGUCCAUAUCGCCAGGGAGUCCAACACCAAAGCCCUCUCUCCUGAUGUGGUCGUGGGCUUGAUAGAUCGUCUCAGAAAUGGCACGGAUGAGCUCUUUCCUGACUGUCCUCAACUGGGCGGCAACUCCAGUUUCAACCCAAACAACGCAUGCGGACGCAGAGCAGAAGGAAGCAAGAGGGCGGUUGGAAACUCAAGCGAGCAUCGCAGGGUUCCAGUGGGCGAUGCCCCCCUGAGACGCAAUGGAUGUGACUUACUGCGCAAAGGGGAGGCCGCUCCCUCCAGAGCGGAUCCCCGCCAACACUCAAUAAAGGAAGCUCCUGGGGAUCCGAGCGGCGGCAAAGCUGCCUCAGCGUCGGAUGAGAGACGGGCCUUUGAGCUCAGCGUUCUGCAGGAAUCUCCCCCGCAGAGAUGCGAAGUGCGAGAGGACGUCAACGGCAAAGUCACCCGGUACCUGGCGGAAGUCGAGAAGCAAAACAAGUACCUCCAGGAGAGGCUCAAGUACAGGUACCACAUCAUUCCAGACGGCAACUGCCUGUACAGAGCCGUGUGCAAGGCCACGUACGGGGACCAGGCCCGGCACGGCGAGCUGAGGGAGCAGACGGUGCACCACAUCGCCGACCACCUGGAGGAGUUCAACGCCAUCAUCGAGGGGGACGCGGGGGAGUUCCUGAUCAACGCGGCGCAGGACGGCGCCUGGGCGGGUUACCCCGAGCUCCUCGCCAUGAGCCAGAUGCUGAGCGUCCACAUCCACCUGACGACGGGCGGGAGCUCCGAGAGCCCCACCGUCUCCACCAUGGCGCACUACCUCGGGGAGGAGGACGCCUCCAAAGGGGCCGUGUGGCUGAGCUGGCUGAGCAACGGCCACUACGACGUGCUUCUGGACGAGUGUCUCCCCAACCCCGAGUACGAGGACUGGUGCAGCCGCUCGCAGAUGCAGAGGAAGCGGGACGAGGAACUGGCCAAGUCGAUGGCUGCCUCCUUGUCCAGAAUGUACAUUGAGCAAAACGGGUCUGCGUGACGUGAAUGAAUGAAUUUAAAGGACGCACACUGGCCCAGUGGAGUGCAGAGGCUCCGCUUCUGCUCGGUGUCUACACGAUUGCAAAAUUAUUAUUUAUUAUAUAUAUUUUAUAAGAUUUAUAUCUUCAGAGACAUGAAGUGCAGUGCACAUACUUUGUUUUUUUUGUACAUGCCGCCGGUGCCAAAUUAGUGGCAGUGGUUUCUGGAAGUGUUGGAAAGUGUGUGAGCCAGUUUGUUGUGGUUACGUUGACAUGGUUGGAUUUACGUCUUGCUGAUAAGUUGUAAUGAGGAAGUGCUUUGGAGUAUUUAUUUGCCUUUGUAUUGGCAAACCUGUGUUUUUUUUUUAUAUUAGCGCUUCAUGAAACAUUGCCAAUUACAGAAAUGAACUUUGAUUUGUUGUUUGUCAUACAGCUAUUGUUAAAUAUCUGUAAUGCUGCUCUCUUUCGCACAAAAGUUCUAUCAGACAAAUCCAGUUUGAUUAGUGUCUGUGAAAACAACUCAAAGCUUCUUUUUCUGUUAUUCCAGUUCUCUUCAGUCUUUUGACAAAAUAUUUCUAAAUAAAAUUGUGAAGAAACUUGA